AUGGAUAAGCUGAAUUUUUCACAUUUUAAUGUACGUUCGCUUUGUUCUAAUUUUGUUGCUUUUCGCGACUUUGUAGUGGACGGACAGUUUGAUAUUUUUGGGUUGUCUGAAACAUGGCUGUCUGAGAAGAUUGCAUCUUCUUCUUUAACUAUACCUGAUUAUAAUAUAAUUAGAAGUGAUAGAAUUGGAAGAGGGGGUGGCACGGCUUUUUAUAUAAAAAAAUGUUACAAGUUUCAAAAUCUUGAGUUGCCUGCCUCAGAAAGUGGAUUGGAACAGUUAUGGAUAUCCAUCAAGAUUAACGGCAAAAAUAUAUGUUUUGGUACUUUAUAUCGACCACCCAAUGUUAACCUGCUGGGUUGUCUUACUGAUCUUGAAAAUUCAAUUUCUACUUUCUUACCCUCAUAUGAUAUGCUUGUUUUUGGCAGUGAUUUUAACGUGGAUCUUUUGACAAACAAUAACAGUAAAAUAGUCUUAAUGAACUUCUUUGAGAAAUAUGGUCUCCAUCAAACAGUAAAAGUUCCUACGCGUAUAACCAAUAGUAAUAGUUCACUUAUUGAUAUUAUAGUUACAUCUUGUUCUGAUAUGAUUACAGAUACUGAAACUCUUCUGAUGGAUGAUAUAUCUGAUCACUGUUUAGUUACUUGUAAAGUGAAUGUACAGAGGAAAACUGCUGGAGUUAGAUUUAGCACAUUUCGAGAUUAUAAAAAUUUUAACUUAGUAGAAUUUGAUCAUGAUAUGUACAACAUGGAUUUUGAUAAAAUUUUUGUUCUGCAUGAGGUUGAUGAUAUCGUCAACCAUUUUACUAAACUCGUUACAUACCUCUUUGAUAAACAUGCGCCGUACAAGAAGGUACGUUUUACUAAGCCUCCGGCCCCAUGGAUUACAACUAAUAUUAAAUUUAUGAUGCGUUUAAGGAAUAAAGCCCUUACUAAGUUCAAGAAACAUAAAACUGAAGCUGCCUGGCAGGAUUAUAAACAACUUAGAAAUCUGGUAACUUCGAUCUAA